GCCGGGCAGGGCAGCCAUGGAGGUGUCUGACGGGCGGUACAUCGGGGCCACCGUGCGCGGCAGGAUGGAGGGACCGGGCAGCUACACGCUGCCGACGGGCACCGAGUACCGGGGCACGUUCAAGGACGGGAUGUUUGACGGCGAGGGAGAGCUGCUGUUCCCCAACGGCGGCGUGUACCGGGCGGUCUGGCACCGCGGGGUGCCCACGCAGGGGAAAUACACUUUUGCAGAUGGUCUCGAAUACAAAGAUAAAAAAUGGCAUUACUGUGAUGGCUACGACAGAAGAUUUUACACAGAAAUCUGCUCUGGUCUGAUAGAACCAGAUAUUUCUCAGCUUACAAAUCUGGAUCCUCCCCCAGAAAUCCCAAAAGGCUGUUACGACUGUGGUGAUGGAUUCUAUAAUCCUGAAACCAGAGUUGUUGUCGACUACAAAUUCAGGUUUCUGAGAAACGCAGAUGAUGAGGAGCACGAAUGGAUCAUUCAGACCUGCCGACAAGCUUGGGAUGAGACAAGUGAGCAUCAACCGAAACCAUGAAAACAGUUUUUGUUAGAUGAUAAUAUUCCCAAGCAGCCAAGACAUGCAGAAUUGCAACAUGCUACAACAAAAUGAUUGGCAGAUGAGAUAAAACUGACGUGUCUAUAGUUGGCAUCCUACAGAUAUUUCACUGAUAGUAGUGCAGGAUUGGUUCCCACUCCCCCAUCCCAACUAAGAAGUUGUGUAAGCACCUUUAGCUUGGUAUUGGGGUUAACCAGCAUGAGCCAAAACCAAAAAGAACUGGUAAUAAAACUGUAAACCAUUCCACUUUCAGACCCUCGCCUUAUUUAGUUACCACAUUAAACUCGAGUGAAAAGCUUUCACUGGCUAUCUUCAUUGGAUUUGUUUCUGCAAAAGGUUUUGAAAUAGCAACUGGAAAAGUUUAGUCCGUGGAGUCUGCAUCGCUGCACCAGAACCCAUUUGGCAAUUACUGAAUAAACUAAGAAAAUGAGAAUGAUUUUCAUUUUAUUUGUAGGGUUUUUUUCUUUUUUAAUCUACAGACAGGAGAUGAAUGCAAAUGACCUGAGAUAAGGUUUGGUUCAGUGGCAACAGUCAGUGUGAAAUAUGUUGUGAAACAAUGUAUUGAAUAAAUUAGAGGAUUUCUUACA